AUGCAGAAGCUGGGACUUUUGAAUGCCAUCAAGGCUCGCGCCGUUGCCGAGGACGGCAUCGCCUUUGUUGACGCCCGCUCUGGCAAGCGGUGGGCUGUGUUUGGAAAGAACGACUCAGGCAAGGGCCGACAGGCCUUUACCAGCGAGUAUGAAAUCAUGCGAGGUGAUCUUGUGGACGUGAUAUACCAAGCUACUCUUCAGCAAGCACGCAUUGCAAGGGCUCAAGGAGGUCUGACAUACAAAUUCGGCACGUAUGCGACAGAUAUACAACAGUUCGAAGACGGCGUGAGCGUGACACUCUCUGACGGGAAGGUGGAGAGAUUUGACUUGGUAGUCGGAGCGGACGGCCAGUCUUCCAAGACUCGACGACUUACCUUCGGCCAGGACUUAAGCAGCGAGGUCUUCGAGUUCUCCGGGGAGGGAGGCCUUCCGCUCAAGGAUACCUCGGAAUUAUGGGAAAUGCUUCAUCCUGGCGAGGCUUAA